GAGACCUGGGGCUACGGCUUUACGGCGUUCCUGACCGAGGACUGCGUGGGAUCUGGGAAUGAAUUUUCCGCCGAAACGUGAGCACCCACUUUUCCCGACUGUCGGUUACAUUUCCCAGAAAUCUCCACGGUCCAGGGCCCUUUCUUACUCCUCGGCGGCCACCUAUGCUACCCCGCCCUGUCGGUUCGCCCAGGUCUUCGACGGUGUUCCAGCGUAGCUGGGCGGUCUGGACUGCGCUUCGCUAAAGGCUGGGAACGCUACGCGACUCUGGGCAGAGAAGGCUGUUGUGCGGGCCGCCCAGGCUCCAGUAGUUUUCCUUCUCUGGACUACAUUUCCCCGAGGGCUCCGCGGUGUAAGCAGCUUUUGGCUGAAAGUGGCUGGCUGGUGGUGAGUUGGCGGGAGUUCGGACGCUAAGGAUCGGGACAUUCCAGGCGACCUCGCUCACUGGUUUGGGGAGGAUUCAACCAGACUGGAGAGAGAGGAGCCCAGAGAAGUGGACGAAUCCGGAAGAGGAGGAGAGAAGAGCCGCUGUGCAUCAGAAGUCAUGGCUGAGGACUUGAAGUUCAAAGAUGUGGCCAUUUACUUUUCUCAAAAAGAGUGGGAAUGCUUGCACUUUGCUCAGAAGGAUUUGUACCGAGAAGUGAUGUUUGAGAAUUAUAACAACCUGAUUGCACUGGGAUUUUCUAACUCUAAGCCAGAUGUGAUCUCCUUAUUGGAACAGGGGAAGGAGCCUUGGCUGGUUAAGAGCAAGGAGAUAAAAGAAUGGUGUCCAGAUUGGGAGUCCAGAAGAGAAACCAAGACUUUUUCUCAAAAGGAAGACAAUUAUGAAAUUCAGACAUUGCAACCAGAGAUAACAAAAAGACUUACAAGCUCUAACCUUGAGUGCACUAGGAUCAGAAAUAGAGAAAUCAGAUGCCUCUUGGAGAGACUACCAGAGGAACGUUUCAGACAAGCCAUAAUAACCUCCAGAGAAAGGUCCACUUCCGUUCAGCACACAGAUCAUAGAGCACCUCAGACAGUUCAUACUGGAGCAAAACCCUCUGAAUCCAAGGAAUGUAAAGAAACUUUCAGGUACCAAUCACACUACAGACAACAUGAAGGAAAUCCUAAUAAGGAAAAAGACUCUAAAUGCAGAGAAUGUGGGAAAGCUUUUAAUAACAGGUCAGAUUUGAUUAAGCAUCAAAGAGUCCAUGAAAGCAAAAAUAGUAACAAGCAAUUUCUUCAUGACUCUGAAGUUACCAAAUCUCAGAGCAAUAAUACUCCUGAGAAACCUCAUAAAUGUAAGGAAUGUGGGAAAGCCUUUCAUUCUAGCUCACAACUUGGUAAACAUCAAAAGAUUCAUAUAGGUGAGAAACCCUAUAAGUGUCAGGAGUGUGGGAAGGCCUUUCCAUCUACCUCACAACUUAAUUUACAUCAGAGAAUUCAUACCAAUGAGAAAUACUAUGAAUGCAAGGAAUGUGGGAAAGCCUUUACCCGUCCCUCACACCUUUUUCGACAUCAGAGAAUCCAUACUGGUGAGAAACCCCAUAAAUGUAAGGAAUGUGGGAAAGCUUUCCGUUAUGACACACAACUGAGUCUUCAUCAAAUAAUUCAUACUGGUGAACGACGCUAUGAAUGUAGAGAUUGUGGCAAGGUAUAUAGUUGUGCCUCGCAGCUUAGUCUACAUCAGAGAAUUCAUACUGGUGAGAAACCUCAUAAAUGUAAGGAGUGUGGGAAAGCUUUUAUCUCCGAUUCACAUCUUGUUCGACACAUGAGUGUUCAUACUGGUGAGAAACCCUACAAAUGUAAGCAGUGUGGGAAGUCCUUCCGUCGUGGCUCAGAACUUACCCGACAUCAGAGAGCUCACACUGGUGAGAAGCCCUAUAAAUGUCAGGAAUGUGAAAUGGCCUUUACUUGUAGCACAGAACUUAUCCGACAUCAGAAAGUUCACACUGGUGAGAGACCCCAUAAAUGUACAGAAUGUGGAAAGGCUUUUAUUCGAAGGUCAGAACUUACUCAUCACCAGAGAAGUCAUAGUGGCGAAAAACCGUAUCAGUGUAAGGAAUGUGGGAAGGCCUUUGGUCGUGGCUCAGAACUUAGUCGACACCAGAAAAUUCAUACUGGUGAGAAACCUUAUGAAUGUGCACAAUGUGGGAAGGCCUUUAUUCGUGGCUCACACCUUAGUCAACAUCAGAGAAUUCAUACAGGGCAAAGGAGUGAAUGAAGACAUGUGCGAAGGCUCAGAAUUUGACACCUGGAAAUUCAUAAUAGUAAAACAUAAAAUCACAAAAACCCCUGUGAUUGUAAGGAAUGUUAGAAAGUAUUUAAGAAUAACAACUUAGUAUCAGAGUUCAUGCUGUGGAUUUGAGGCCUUUAAGGGCCAGAAUUUGACAUUUGUUACUGAUGAAAAAAGUUCAUAAAGGUUAGGAAUUGGGAGGGGUGUAUUUGCGUUUCAGAAUUUAUUCUAUACCAGAGUUCAAUUGGUAAAAAAGUGGAAGUCCAUGACUGUAGGGAAAGUGGGAAGGCUUAGUUAGGAAGGCAGUGAAUAUGUUAGAGACCAUCAUUCUAACUUUUCUCAACAUCAAAUGGUAGUAGUCCUUAUGGGAAAUUAGGGGAGUCAUAAUACAUACCUUAUGUAUAUAAUAUAUAUAUGAGAGACACCAGUUUGCUUUGGCUAACAAGUUAUUCAUCCGAUAGCUCAUAGUAGAGAAAAGCUACACUUAAAAAUGUAGAUUCUUCUGCUCCACUCAAUUCUUGUUAAUUUUAAAGAACGAGCUGGCCAAUAUUUAACUUGAACUGAAUCAGAGUGGGGAAGGAUUUGACCAGUAUUUAGUGGUAACUUGCCUUCACCAUUAUCACUUCUUAUAGGGCCAAUCACGUAACUAAAUUUUCUUAUUUAUAAAUUAGUAGUAUUAGCCUCAUUUUUUAGGAGCAUUUUAUACAUUAUAUCCCGUAGAAUAGUGUCUGGCUCAUAUUGAAAGUUAAGAGCUGCCUUAUUCUUACUUGAUUUUAAUAAUUGUAUUAGGGAUCAUAUGAGAGGAAGGCCUUAUAUGUGCAAUGACUAUAUAAACAUCUUACAUCAUCUUUCUUUGUGGAAUGUUAGGUAAUGCUUUCUGGAGAAAAACUGAAAACUGAAGCUUUCAUUCAUAGGUUGCCUCUCUGCCCCAUCAGGGGAUUCAUAAUGUGAAGAAUUCUAAUGAAUAAAAGUGGGUUUCUUAGAAGUCAAAGAGAAGAUUUAGAUGAUUUUUUUUUUUAAUUCAAAAAAAAAAAAAAAAAACACAUGCCACAAUCUGACCUCUCUACUAGAGAAUUAGAAAACGAAGCCUUAACAAAAACCAUCUCUUCACAAGAACUUUAAAAGAUACCUGUAUAAUUUUAUAUUAAAAAGAAAAUCAAGGCAAAUGAUCAUUAGGAAUGAAUGACAAAGAGACAACUUCAUGUUAAAAUUUGUAGGAUGAAACCAAAGCUAUACUUUCAAUAUGUGUAGAAAACAGGGAGAAUUAAAAGCCAGGAUUCAUCCUCCCCUCAUUGUACUUGGUGCACUGCCUGUUCCUUGUAGGUUCCCAGUAAACAUUUGGUGACCAGUGAAAUUAGUGAAUUGAAUCAGCAUCCAACUUGAGUAUGUUAAGAUGCAAAGCCCCCCAAAACAAAGACACGUUCAACUUUUUUGAAAUGAAAAAGAUUGUACCCUAAAAAGAAAAAAUUCAAGCAUCAUAAAGGAAAAAGGAUAUAUAACUACAAAACUGAAAGAGAUUUCAAGAAAUAUCGCAGUAUUGUGGCUGACACUGUUGGUUGCCGAUCUGUGGCGGUAACCAUUCUCCCUUGGCCAGGGUUGCCGGCUGCCAACCUAAGUCUAAAGUCCUGAUGCUUGUCUUGCUUUGCAUCUGGGUCUAUGUAUAAGAGUCCUGGCUACAGAAGAUAUCAGAAGUCUGCAAGUGAACUUCAGUUAAAUUUUCUAUACUAACAAAAUAGGAGGAAAUGGUCUCCCUAUAUACAGGAUGCAAGUCUGUAUGUCUGUACAAGAUCUGGAAUUGUGGCCAUUAUGCAGCCAGGGAUGAGAAGGCGAGUUUGGCACAGGUGAUAGACUGGAAUGACCUGUGUCCUUGACAUUGCUGAGCUGAUGAAAUAAUUCAGAACUGCCCUGUGCCGGGACUUGUGUGAAAUAAGGAAUUCUAUGCAUAUCUGUUGUAAGUUUAAAUACAACAUGAGCCCUGGAAAAAUA